GUGUGUGUGUAGAGCCUAUUGUGCGCGCGCCUCCCUGACGCUCAGCCCAUAGAGCUUGUUGUUCAGAGCAGCCGGAGAAUCAGACCAAAGAGAAAGUGAGACUUUUGUGUUUGUCUCGCCUCAGUUCCCAUUUUUUGCUGUGAAACCGUUCAGUUUUGGGACAGUUGGGUUCCCUGUCUGGACGCGCAGACCUGGUUAUGGAUUUACCACUGACGAGACGAGACAUGCCGUCUAGCCAUCUACCAAAGUUUUGAUUCAUGUCAUCGUUGAUUCUCGCCUCCUCCCGAGGACAGAGCUGAACUUUUGUCGCAGCUUUUCCGUUUUAUUUUUUUUAUUCUUUUUGCGGCACCCGGAGGAGGAAGUCGAGUGAGGAACAACUGGAGACGAACAUCUCGCUGAUUUCUUUCCUUCCACGUCUCUCAUGGGGUGACCCCACAAGCCGCUCCUGAGACGUGACUGUGGGACAGGCAGUUUCCCUCCCAGUCCGUUUGUUGCCCUAAAGGCAAAAUUUAAUGGCAAUAGGCACUUUGGACAACUCUGCAGUGCAAAUGAAUCCUUGCUGUAAAACCACUGGGCUCUGCCACCCAGUCACCAUGAAGAGCAAGUAUUCCCAGUACUACAACAGGAAUUUGAUCACUCACCACUAUGCAAACGCCAAAAACAUGAGCGUUGUGAACAUAACCGAUUUGAUCGAGAGCAAGGAACAAUUCAGCACUCUCAACAUUUUCUUCAUCAUUAUCUGCACUGUCAUCAUCCUUGAGAAUCUUCUAGUCCUGAUUGCAGUCUGGCGCAACAAGAAGUUCCAUUCAGCCAUGUUUUUCUUCAUCGGRAACUUGGCGUUCUCCGACUUGCUGGCAGGCUCCGCCUACAUAGCUAAUAUAUUCCUGUCAGGGCCAAUGACUAUAAAACUGGUGCCUGUGCAGUGGUUCAUCAGAGAGGGSACAGUGUUCAUCGCUCUGUCGGCRUCGGUCUUCAGCCUGUUGGCGAUCGCUAUCGAGCGCUACAUUGCUAUCACUAAGGUCAAGGUGUACGGCUCCACCAAGACGUGCCGCAUGUUCCUCCUGAUUGGMGCCUGCUGGGUCACCUCCAUUCUGCUCGGAGGACUUCCCAUCAUCGGCUGGAACUGCAUCUGCAACCUGCCCGACUGCUCGGCCGUCCUGCCGCUCUACUCCAAGAAGUACAUCGUCUUUGUGGUCACCGUUUUCACCCUCAUACUGUUCUCUAUUGUCAUCCUCUACGUGAGGAUCUAUUUGAUCGUGAGCUCCAGCCACCAGGAGGCAACUAACUCACAAGCAUACGCACUUUUGAAAACAGUCACGAUAGUGCUGGGCGUCUUCAUCGUCUGCUGGCUGCCUGCUUUCACGAUCCUGCUCCUGGAUUCGUCCUGCACCAUGCAGCUGUGCCCUGUCCUCUCCAAGGCGCAGGUGUUUUUCAGCUUUGCCACUCUGAACUCGGCUCUUAACCCGGUGAUCUACAUGCUGCGCAGCAAGGAAAUGAGACGGGAGUUCCUGCGCGUGCUGUGCUGCUGGGGCGUGCUGCAAAGCGGGCGGCCGUCCGAACGCUGUUGGGUCCCUCUGAAGAGCUCCAGCUCUCUGGAACACUGCACCAUCAAACAYGAACACCAGAUGAUUCCCAUCAUGCAAACUUGUGUCUGAUGUGCUUCAAACACAUUACAGGGCUUUWGUUUUAGUUUUUUUUAAAGAGCCUUUACAAUCAAGUAAAGAGGCCACAAUGGGAUGGGCCKAUGUUAAACGAGUAACAAGCGCUUCCUGGGACUGAGAGCUGUGACAGGAAUGUCUGUCGGGACACGUCAUGUGAUGCAGACGUUACAAUCUUAACUGUGUGACCUUACAAUCAGCAUUCUUUGGAUUCAUUGUUCAGUUGUGAAAUGCAUGAAAAACAGGACGACGUUCCAAUUUUGGUGUUUUAAGAAAUGUGAAAAGAAAAGCUUUGGUUUUGGUACCUUUUUAUCAAAGAAUACAGAGCUCGCCAUUUUAUGUAUAUACCUACCAUGUGUUUGUUUUCUAUCUGAACAUGUAAAUCCUCAUUCAAGGCCAAAAACUGAAGCAUGAUUUUUGUUUUAAAUUCUGUUAAGUUUGGGACUUUCGUCAGCAGUGUCAAUGCAAAGACUGCAAAGUUGCACUUUGUAGAUUAUUCAGUUAUUCGUUAAAACGCAUCACUUUUCUUUCCAGUGACCAACAUGUACAACAACCACUUGUUCUUUACGGAACGAUGAGCACUCUACGGUACAGAAACCAAAUUAGUGAGUGGUCCCUUAGCAUUACAAGGGCUAUAUAUUCCCUAUAUUACCUUGCUUGACUCCAGUUAAAAUAAUCACAAUGAAAGUACAUAAUAUGCUUCAUUUAAUGCAUGACAUUCUAACGCAUUUGUACGCGCUAAUGUGUUUGAUAUUUAUUCCAGCUCCAGCUUCUAUUACUAACCACCCUCCAUCCCAUUUGUCUACAUAACCCGUCUGUCUUUGCUUUUACUAUUGUCUUUAAUAUUUAAAUAGUUUCCUUUGAGGAAGGCCAAAUUGGAAAGCACAUUUCAGAAAGCGAGUUGGCACUCAUGGAUUUUACCCUGGGACAAGCUCUCCAGCGAUUUUGACUAAUAGAACCAAUGCCCUGACAGUGUUGUAGCAACUUAGCAGCAAAUGUGCCAACUUGUUUUAUGUCUUCCUCUUAGAGAGAGAGAGAGAGAGAAAAAAAAGGCUGAAUGUAUGAAUGAAGUGUUUUGGGGCACGUGCUCCAUUAUCGACAGUAUUACUAAUCAUAAUUUUGAUUCAUUACCAAGUCACUGAUGAGCAGAGAGUGGGGGGUGAACAAGUCACUCUCACUGUGAACGGUUUAUUGCACCAAGAACACAAAUUAAAUUGUGAGCAUCUUAGUUUGUUUUGCUGGCCGUAUGCUUUGUGCAACUCAAAGCGUAAACCCAUCUCAUCUUUCCGAAGGCCCCCCCCACACACACACACACACACACUCACCUCCUCUACAAAACAGAAGAUCCGGUUUCACAUGUGCACACGAGGGGGGUGCCCUCCUGGGAGAACAGCUUUUUUAUUCUCUGACAUCCUACAGCGUGGAACUUCCGUCAACUGUAGGAAGUCCUGUUUUGUUUUUUUUUUUUGUUUUUUUUUUGCCCGGUUCCUGUUAUUCAGAGUUACACUAACCGUCUUCCUGUAGACACCUGGUUAAAACUCCUCUCUCCGUUAGUCGGCCCAAUAUUAACUUUAACAUGUAGACAGCCAAGUAGAAAUUGUGAAAAGCACUUUGGCAGCUUCAGAUGUUUUCUUCCCCCAGUUGUUUUUUUUUUUUUACCCCUUUUUUGGGUGGAAAGGUGUUUUAAACUGUGUACCUGAACUGUUAUGAUAAAUAUAUGAAAAACCUAUGUAUGUCUGUAUUGUUGUACAGUAUGUAUGAUGUUGUGUUGUAUGAGUUGUAUUGUGUGCAAUAGCUUUGUGUGUCUUGUAGCACGCUGCCUGUGUUAAAUUGGUACAAUCUUAAACACUAAUUGAGGUACAUAAACAUUUUUGUUAACUGCAUUCCAGUUUUAUAAAAAUAAAUGAAAAUACCUAAAUGAA